CCACCCGCCUGUGCGUAAUCGCAUCCUUCCUGCCUAGACUGCUCCCCGCGCACCAACUCUUGCUCGUCAACCAAGGGGCUAGUCUGCUCCCCGACCACCCUCGCUCCUUUUGCCCAGGAUGAUGAAGUCAAUGAACGAUGCGCUUGGCAACACCAAGCCAUUCACCUCAGUCAGCGUGUGGAUCGACCGCCUGUCGUCCAAUACCUACGCCGAGGACGAGCUGGACGGGAUCCCCGAGCUGGUCGAAGCCAUCAACAUCCAGGCCACAGGCCCAGCAGAGGCGAGCCGGGCGCUGCGCAAGAAGCUCAAGUACGGCAGCGUCCACGGCCAGAAGCGCGCCAUCACGAUGCUGGGCGCCCUCGUCGAGAACUGCGGGCCGCGAUACCAGACAACGUUUGCCGACGAGCGCCUCGUCGAGCGCAUCAAGCUCAUGUCGCAGGAUCCCCUCGUCGAUGCCAGCGUCCGCAAGAAGCUCAUGAAGAUGCUCUCCUGGUGGCACAUCCAGUUCCGAAAUGAGCCCACGAUGCGCCUCGUCGCGGGUCUGUAUGCUGCCUGCGGUGGCGGACGAAAGAGUGAGGCGCAGCUCAAGAGCGAGGCCGCCGAGGCGUACCGGAAGAAGUCCGAACAGGAGGAUCGCGAACGACAGAUUCGCAUGGACAAGAAGGCGGCUGAGCGCAUGCAGAGGGAGGAGGACAAGCGGCGGGAAAAGGAGCGGCGAAAGGGGGCGGGCAAGGCCAAGCGGCCCACGUUCGACUUUGAAAAGGAGAAGCCGCAGCUGCUGUCCUCGCUGGCGACAUCGCAGCAGGCCGCCACGUCGCUCGUCAAUGCGCUGCAACACGUCAACCGCGAAAAGGAGACGGUGCAGUCCAACGAGCGAGUCCAGCUCUACCUCGGCCGGGUCAAGGCUGAGCGCAAGAAAAUCGUCCGCUACAUCCAACUCGUCCGCGACGAGGAGUUCCUCGGCGGCCUCAUCUCGGCCAACGACCAGAUCAUCCUCUCGCUCGAGCUGUACGACAAGCUGUCCAAGCCCGCGACGGCCGACUCGGACGACGAAGACAACGAGCCGCUGGCGGCGAUUGCAGACCGCAAGACGGCGGCCGAGCGUGCGCAGGCGCGCGCCGAGGCCGAAGAGGCCGAGAUUGAGCUCGUGCAGAAGCGACUCGCCGCUGCGCACUUUGAGGAGGGCGAGCUCGAGGCACUGCAGGACCGCCAGCGCAUCCGCAUCGAGCGGCACAACUCCUACCGCAGCGAGCGGGCUGCUGCGCCUACGGCACGCGGCGCCGCGGCGGUGCAGGACCUCAUGGACCUCAACUUUGACGACGAUACGGCACCGAGAGGAGCGUCCUCGUCGUCAUUGUCGCGGCAGCAGCAGGCGCAAAGCCAUGCAAGAAAGGUGUCGCAGGGCGGCCAGAACGCCUCGCUAUCCGACUACAGCGACUACGACUCGGAGUCUGACGAGGAGCAGCACCAGCCGGUACUGCAACAAGGAGGAGGAAGUAAAGCAGCAGCAGUAGCAGAAGAGGAAGAGGAGUGGACGCACAAGCCGCGCAUUGGGCCCAGCAGCCUGUACGACUACGGCAGCGCAGGCGAGGACGACGACGGAGCAGACCCGUUUGCGGACCCCGACGACGAUGCGGGCGCCUCGUCUGCCACUGGCUUUGCCAAGCACACGGGUCCCCGCAAGGAAUUUGCAGCCGUCUGAGGAGGGAGACGACUCUUCUAUAUACGAAUUAUGCCCUGCCUUUAGACGGACAGACCACUUCUCUUUGUCAUGUGAUCAUCGUCAUCAUCAUCUCAUAUAUAGGGAAACAGAAGAGGCUUUACUUUGGG